AUGAUGCAUCCUCAAGUCUUCCUCUUAAGCCUCAUACUCCUUCUUCCAGGCUCUGUGGAAACUUACAAAGUAGUGAAGGGGAUGGUGGGUCACCCUGCCACACUUCCAUGUACUUACUCAACAGUUCAUGGAGUCACAACCACAUGUUGGGGCAGAGGGGAAUGUCAACAUUUUUAUUGUGCAAGAACCCUUAUCUGGACCAAUGGACACCGUGUCACCUAUCAGAGCAGCAACCGAUACCAGCUAAAGGGGAACAUGUUGGAAGGAAAUGUGUCCUUGACAAUAGAAAACCCUGUUCAGAGUGACAGUGGUCCCUAUUGCUGUAUAGUGGAGAUUCCUGGAUCUUUCAGUUAUGAGACCAUUUCGUUCGAAGUUAUGCCAGAAAUUCUCACAAGUCAUCCAACAAGACCCACAACUACAACAAGACCCAUGACUAUUUUAACAAGACCCCCAACUACUACAAGACCCCCGACUUUUUCAACAAGACCCACACAUGGACCAACAUCAACCAGAGUCUCUACCUCUACUCCUCCAACACUAGCUUACACGCAGACUGAACCAGAAACCACUACAUUUACUCCAUAUGAGACGACAGCUGAGGUGACAGAAACUCGAUCCUAUAUCCCUACAGAUUGGAAUAACACUGUGACAUCCACAGAUGACUCUUGGAAUUAUAGCACUGAAGUGAUCCCUAUGCCAAAGUCAAAGAGGAACAUGACUAAGUGCUUCUAUGUUGGCAUCUCCAUUGCUGCUCUGGUGCUGCUGCUGCUGCUUCUGAGCACCGUGGCUAUCACCAGGCACGUGCUUAUGAAAAAGAAGUCGAGGUCUCUAAGUUUGGUUGCCUUCCCUGCUGCUAAGAUUGGAGCUUUGCUGAGCACAGUGGUCGUGCCAGCCAGAGGGGAAGCCAGGAUCUACAUUAUUGAAGACAGUCGAUACCUGGAGGAAUGAGUCGCAGUGGCCUUCUGAGGGGCCUUCUGCCUUAGACCACAGAGACUGUAACAGCAUCGCACUGUUACAGCUCCAGUGCAAUUUGCUGUGUCGGUUCUGCCAGCUAGAGUGGAGAGGGUGACACUGAGCUGUGUGUACUCAAAAAACUCAAGGCUCACAUCAUCCUAAGUCAACACUGCCUCAGCCCCCUGGGGUGCUGGAUCUUUGUCCACAUUCCCAGUGCUGUUCUACAGAGUUCUGGGAAAUGAGUAUGUGUCUAACUGUUCUUUUUUGCCUGCUUGCUGGCUGGCUGGCUUUUGUAAAGUCUGAUUGUGGAAAGUUGCCUUCUGGGUUUGCCAAAUGUGGCUUCCCUCGUGUGCUCUAAAAAUGAUCGUGUUUGCCCGGCACAGUGAUGCACACCUGUAAUCCCAGCACUCUGUGAGUUUGAGACCAGCCUGGUCUACAGAGUGAGUUCAGGACAGCCAAGGCUACAGAGAAAUCCUGUCUUUAAAAACAAACAAACAAACAAACAAACAAACAAACAAAACAAACAAACAAACAAAUAAAUAAAUAAAAAUGAUUGUGUUUGA